AUGAUUUCUUUUGCUGAAAUAAGAGAUUUAUUAGCGAGAGAGAAACCCAAAACCUUCAAUGCGCUGAAUCCGUACUACAAAUACGAUGCCUCCAGUCCUUGCAAGAGAGAUAUUCUAGUCCUAUGGGUUACAAAGCUAUCAUCUAAUCUCAAUCAUUCCAUUAAAACCUUAGAACUGGCUGUCCUUAUUAUCGAUACAUACUUAAAUUAUUUUAAUAUCUCUGAAGAUUACCUUCAAUUGUUGGGUAUAUCGGCAUAUUCAAUUGCCUAUAAGUUUAACGAGACAGAGUUCAUGCCCUUGGAUUCAUUGUAACCCAAAGAUUAAUAGAAUGGCAAGGUUUGCAAGCCUAUGUACAUGGAUGAGGACUACAAUGAAAUGGAAGUGCACAUCCUCAGAGCCAUGGGAUAUUAGUUAAAUCUUAUAACUUUGUCUGAUUUUUUGAUUGCCCUGAAUAUUAAAAUAGAUGAAUAAGUCAGUUGUCUGAUACAGUUCAUUCUUAUGGACUUCGAAAUUUAUCGAUAUUCCCACUUCGAAUUGGCUUUGGCAAUCAUGCAUUACCAGAAUGACACAAGGUUGACCUUUCAAGCGAAAAUUCUCACUGUAUCUUAAAUGCUUCACAAUAAAAUAAUUCAAGCAUAAGAAAUCGAGUGUGAAAAAUCAGAGCAAGAGGAAACCAAAUCUCUUGAAAGAAGUCACUCUAUUCAUAAAAAGAUUUCCAAAAAAAGAGAAUCUUAAAGAAAAAGAUAAAUACAACAACAAAAAUGAACUAGUGUUGUUGUAUUUUGUUUCAAUAUUGAUCAAAAAAAUGAACAAAAAUGAUAUUUUUUGUUUCUUUUUAAUUAAUCACAACUAA